AUGGUGCAAACGAACAGAGGAAUAAAAAGAAGUCUAGUUCUAGAAGGGAAGCGGGCAAACAACUACGAAGCCAGAAAUAUAAACGUAGCAUUGGGGUAACACGGAACAAAGACAGGGUACACGUGUGUGUGGGGAAUGACAAGGAUAGUCUUCGUUCAGCUUUGGGUUAACAAACACGCAUUUGCCAUGCAUUUGGGCGAACUCCCUUCAGACGGGAGCUCAAAUACAUAGUUCCUCACUCUGCUCCCGUCUAUAAGCUCAAGCCCCAUGGAAGAGCCUUCCGCUCCCUCAGCGAGUCUCCUCUCCUAGGAGGCAGCGUCGAGGGGGAGGAGGGGAAAGCGACAGCAGUUGGGAAAGGCGGGUAGUUCAAAAGUGAGCGAGGGAAACCCUCCUCAGGUUCACGCGGGCAGCCGCUGCUUAGCUCAAGGGGAGGGGACGGUAGGCGCGCCCACCGCCGCCGCCGUGGCGGACCUUCUCUUCAGUAAUUGGGGAGUUGAGGCGAGCAGGAAUAUUUAGACUUUAGCGCUGCUGUUGCUGCUUUUUCUUCAAAUAGGCGGAGAACAGCGCCUCUUUUACUCAAUUCUCUCCCUCAGUACUAGGGACAGUCUUGAAUUUGACCCCUUUUAAAUCCUCUCUGUAGAAUCAGUCUUCCUGGUUUUUUUUUGCUCUCUCUUCACGUUCACAUUUCGGGACAGAAAACACUUGACUGUCCCUCUUGACUUGCAGAAGGAUUUGGGGACAUGAAGCUGGUGUACCUGACUGAAGCCUCCUAGGACCUAGGUGAUGCCUGCACAAUUGUGGAGUACUUAUUUUAACUGCAGUCUCCUCGUGAAUCCUCCUGGAGCAUAACCAGUUCCAACACAAGAUGUCAGAAAGUCAUUCAGUUCUACCGAAUAUUCUUAAAAAAGGCAAACUGACUUCUCCUUGCAACAGUAUAAAACUCUGCAACUUUAAAGAUACUUGCUCCCCUUCCAUAUUUCAUGACAGUGGAUACAAUGAAUCAUUAAAAGACCCAAGCUUUGAUUAUACUGAUGCGGAACAUAAAGGAGAACACAAUAAAAGAAGCCUGCCUGAAUAUUUUAAACAUACACAUUCUAGUAGUUUAUGCACUUCAGUGCUGUCUCCCAUUGAAAAUAGAAAUACUAUAUUUUUAUCAGAAAGGAAGGAAGCCUCUCUACAUUCAGACUAUUUUGAAACACCCAGAGUUGCUAAGAAAGACUUAUCACUCCGCAGAAGAUUGCUUGUGUCUAAGGCAGCUUCUGCUGGUGCUCUGGGAUGCACUGAAAGACUGGUGUCAUCUUUGGGGCAGAGCCAGAAGAAAACAUGUUUACCUCGCUUUCUUAGUUUUGAUGAAAGAAUUUCAAAACAUGCCUUGAAUUCUCCAAGAGAAAAGAGCUAUAAGCCAUUGGCUACCAGUACUUUGAAAAGUGAAGAUCCUCCUUCUGGUUGUCAGAAACUAAGGCUUCUGUUUUCCCAGCAAAGGACUUCUACAAUAGAUGAUUCAAAGCCUCAAGGUACUUUAUUGUCAGAACCAGACUGUUUAUCUCCAAUUCAGUCUAAAUCUUCUACAGAGACACCUAACAGUUUCUUUGACAGUGCCCUUACUAGUUUUAAUGAUCAAAGUAUUUGUUCAGAGCUAGUUAGAGAUACUCAUUAUACUGUGUCUAAGACAAAUGAUGACAAAUGUGUCACACCAGUAAAUAGUCUUGUAGAAGGAUUUAACCUCACUAUAGCUGAAAUAUAUACACCACCAACUAAGGAAAUAAGCAACUUGAACCUAUUAACACCUGACAGCAGCUGCAACAGCAGCUAUAAUUCUCUUGGCUUUGAUAGAUCAGAAGAUUCUUUGUCAGAUCAUGAGGGAUCUUUCCAAGAACUACUUCAAAAAUGCAGAAAAAACAAACAAAUAGAGUCAUGUGAUGUUCGUCAAAAAUCCAAUGAAUCCAGCUUUUCAAAUUCUAAAAGAAAGGUAAGAAAGCUACUGCACUCAAGAAGACUCUCCACUCUUUCAGAAUGUGGCUCACAAUCAGAAAAAGAAGAUUGUGAUAUUGUUCUCGCUAAUUCACAAUGCACAAAAAACCCAGCCACUGGAUCUCUCAAUGAAGACCAUGAAUUAGUUUUUAAUGAGGAUGACAAUAACUGUGUGGUACCAAAUCUUGAAAAUCUAUCGAGAACUCCAGCUUUGCAGGUAGUUCACAUACUCUUUAUGCAAAGCAGAAGUAAAAGAAUGGAGCAAAAUGAGCUACAGAAGAACAUUAAAGGAGCUGACUUGUCUGCAGUAAAGUGUAUUGUUGCUCAACUCAUAGGCAAGAAAAUGGGCAUUGAAAAGAUAGAUGUAUUAACAGAAUUAAGAGACAGAAAUUUAAAACAUAUUCUUACUAUGAUUUUAGAUAUCCUGACUGUAGAAAGCCUAUACAGUAUGUGGAAUGUAAGCAAAAAUUGGCGAGAAAUUAUUAUACAAGAUAAAUAUGCAAAUCGGAGAAGAAAGUUAUACAUGAAACAGCUAAGAACAGCAACAAAGGGAAGCCUACUAGAUCCUGAAGAUGCUGCCACUAGACUAAUGAUGACUAGAUUUGCACUACGACGAGUCCAGGCUCAAGCAAAAUCUUCAGUAUUACAAAGUCAGCUCUUUCAUAAUGAAUCUUUGACACCUCUGAGAUACAGCCAAUCAACUAGUAAGCAAGAUAAAUAUAUAAAGGUUGCCCAAACUCUCUUCAGCGAUGAAGCUUUAAAACCGUGUCCAAAGUGUCAGUGUCCUGCCAAAUACCAAUCCAUAAAAAAUCGUGGACUCUGUAGCCGGGAAGACUGUGCUUUUGACUUCUGCAUUUUAUGUUUAUGCGCUUUCCAUGGGUCAAGAGAUUGUAGCAGUUUAUCUACUAAACGACAAAACAGAAAAGAUGCCUUGCCAGGAAGUGCUAAAAGCAAGAGAAACUUAAAACGCCUCUAAAUUUCUUGGAGUAAAUAGAAUAUAUUUCCUCUCUCCUUUAAUUCUCUCUUUUAUAUAGGUAGCACUUUUUAAUAAUUAUGCAUUGUUGAAAAUAUUAUAGGUUAUAAUUUUGACGAUUAAUCAAGUUGAUAAUUCAAUUGCCUUGUAAGAAUCCUAAAUUUAAUUUUUCGUACAGUCUUGAAAAAAAGUGAAAAAAUUUUAAGCUCUUUUGUCCUGAUGUCUACAACUUAGCUAAUUACCCAGUGAGAUUUCAAUAAAGUACUCUCAAUAUAGUUUUCAGUACAUUUGAUAGCCUUGCUUUGAAAUUUUAUAUAUAACUCUUGUCACACUGGUAAAUUAAAAAGAAUUAAAUAUUUGUGCUACCUUUUCAUAUUUUUAAUAAAAUAUUUAUCAGCAACAAAUGUAUUAUGGUACUACACAUUAUAUAAGGCAAGUUAACAUUUUUAUUGCGACCCUAACUCACCACAAUUAUUCUUAAUGAAUUCUAAAGCACCUAAACUGUUUAAAAUGUUGUACAGAGAAAUAAAAGCCAAGAAAACUUC